UUGCGAAACUGCUUCUGCAAUGUUCCAGACUAUAGUGGAUAUUUCCACAUUUCUCCACCCAAUUUGUCUUAAAAGGACAUUUCUAGAAGACAUUUACUUGCAUAAAUAAGAUUAUCUUCUCAAUUGUGUUGACUUGUACAAAUAACAGUAACCUCACAGAUCCAAACUCUUAACCCUAGAAAAUCAACCAUGUCUUCUAAGCAAAGUGGAAAGGCAAAGCCUUCGAAGGCACCAAACUCUGAAAAAAAGAAUUAUGAUGAGACUGACAAGGCUUUUCUUGCAAAGAAGAAGGAAGAUGAAAAGGCCCUAAAGGAGCUCAAGUUACGCCAUGAUAACCACGUAUUAGCAUUCCAGAUCGGAGAUUAA